AUGGCAGCAACCAUGAAGAAUACUUUUCUCACUGCGAUUCUGCUGCUAGUGCAGGUGGCCAUGGGUCUGACACCUGCAGAAUGGCGCAGUCAAUCCAUCUAUUUCCUGUUGACGGACCGGUUUGGACGCGAGGAUAACUCGACUAGUGCGGCGUGCAAUGUUGAACAAAGACCCUAUUGCGGUGGCAGCUGGCAGGGUAUCAUUAACCAUCUGGAUUAUAUCCAGGGAAUGGGCUUCACUGCCAUUUGGAUUACCCCAGUGACAAAGCAGUUACCGCAAACAACCGCUUAUGGCGCGGCCUUCCAUGGAUACUGGCAGCAAGAUAUAUAUGAUGUUGAUUCGCACUUGGGUACAUCUGACGACUUGCGGGCUCUCUCCGAUGCACUGCAUGCCCGAGGCAUGUAUCUCAUGGUUGACGUUGUAGCGAACCAUAUGGGCUAUGCCGGAUCUGGAAAUAGUGUGGACUACAGUGUCUUCACUCCUUUUGACUCUUCAUCAUACUUCCACUCCUAUUGUCUGAUCAGCAAUUAUAAUGACCAGUCGAAUGUCGAAAAUUGCUGGCUGGGUGAUACUUCAGUCUCGCUGCCGGAUUUGGACACAAGCCAGAGCGCAGUACAGAACAUCUGGUACAGUUGGAUUGCGGAUCUGGUGUCUAAAUACUCUAUUGACGGAAUACGCAUCGACACCGUGAAGCAUGUCCAGAAGUCUUUCUGGCCUGGAUUUAACGACGCUGCAGGCGUCUACGCCGUCGGAGAAAUCUUUGAUGGAAGCCCUUCUUACACCUGCGACUAUCAAAAUUAUUUGGACGGGGUCUUGAAUUAUCCCAUUUACUAUCCCUUGCUAUCUGCCUUUAAAUCCUCCAGUGGCAGCAUCAACAACUUGUAUAACAUGAUCAACACGGUGGCGUCUUCUUGCGCCGAUUCAACCUUGCUAGGGAAUUUCAUCGAGAAUCACGAUAACCCACGUUUUGCAAGCUAUACAAAGGACCUCUCACAGGCCAAGAAUGUCAUUUCCUUCCUCUUUUUAUCAGAUGGUAUUCCCAUUUUGUAUGCUGGUCAGGAGCAACAGUACAGUGGUGGAGAGGAUCCCGGCAAUCGUGAGGCCAUUUGGCUAUCAGGAUAUUCUACGAAUGCUGAGCUGUAUCAACACGUUGCGACUACGAAUCGAAUCCGCAGGUUGGCGGUCGCAGCAGACUCGAAUUUUGUCACGAAUAAGAAUGCCCCCUUCUAUCAAGACAGCAAUACCCUAGCCAUGAAAAAAGGGUCGGGCGGAUCACCGGUCAUCACCGUGGUCUCCAAUCGCGGGUCUUCGGGCUCAUCCUACACGUUGUGGCUAGGUGGGACCGGGUAUUCAUCCGGCGCCAAGUUAAUGGAGUUGUACACCUGCACAUCCAUCACAGUGGAUUCCAACGGCAAUGCCGCAGUACCAAUGGCUUCUGGACUACCACGCGUGCUUGUUCUCGCCUCCUCUGUGAGCGGCAGUGGCCUUUGCGGCAACCCCGUUCCCACUAGCACUACCACUACUGCCACAGCGACUCAGACCACAUCCACCGCUACAGGAACGGGUUGCACUCAGGCCACCGCUCUACCCGUCUUAUUCAAGGAGCUGGUGACAACUAGUUACGGCCAGGAUAUUUACAUCGCGGGUUCGAUCAGUCAACUUGGCAGCUGGGACACUGGUAAGGCCAUUGCCUUGUCCGCAGACGGCUACACUUCCUCGAAUCCUUUGUGGCAGGCGACGAUCACACUCCCCGUUGGAACCAAAUUUGAGUAUAAAUUUAUCAAAAAGACGAGCGGAUCUUCGAGCGUGACAUGGGAGAGCGAUCCGAAUCGAUCGUAUACGGUUCCUAGUGGAUGUGCUGGAACUACAGCUACUGCGAGUGCGACUUGGAGAUGA